AUGGCUGUCAACGGUGAAGUCAACGGCAUGGCCGUCAACGCGCCCGCAGCCACCUUCGACACAAUCCUCGUACUAGACUUUGGCUCGCAAUAUUCCCACCUUAUUACGCGACGAUUGCGCGAACUCAAUGUUUACUCGGAAAUGCUGCCAUGCACUCAAAAGAUAGCCGAUCUACACUUUAAACCCAAGGGAAUCAUCCUCUCUGGCAGCCCCUAUUCGGUUUACGAAGACGGUGCACCACAUGUCGACCCUGCCGCAUUCGAUCUGGGUGUUCCCAUUCUCGGGAUAUGUUACGGGCUGCAGGAAAUGGCAUGGCAGUUCGGCAAGGGUGUUUCUGCCGGCGACAAGAAAGAAUACGGCCAUGCUUAUUUGAAGAUUGAGAGACACCAGGGAAAGGAAGAGCAUAUCGAUCGCCUUUUUGAGGGCAUUGAGGAUGACAUUGAGGUCUGGAUGAGCCACGGAGAUAAAUUGUCCAACUUGCCUGACGGGUUCCGUCCUAUUGCAAGCACUGCCAAUGCCCCCUGGGCAGGCGUCGCCAGCAUCACCAAACCCUACUUCGGUAUUCAAUUCCACCCCGAGGUGACUCAUACCCCGAGAGGCACACAUGUGUUGGGCAAUUUUGCCGUCAAGAUCUGUAACGCUCGACAGGACUGGACCAUGGAGAAAUUCGUUGACCAAGAGAUUGAGCGCAUUCGUGCCAUCGUCGGACCGAAAGGCCAGGUUAUUGGCGCUGUAAGUGGUGGGGUGGACUCGACAGUGGCCGCAAAGCUCAUGCAUGAGGCAAUUGGAGACCGAUUUCAUGCUGUGCUUGUGGACAAUGGAGUUCUUCGACUGGAUGAAGCUACCACUGUCAAGAAAACCCUGACUGAGCAUCUCGGCAUCAAUCUGACUGUCAUCGAUGCAACCGACCUCUUCCUGGGUAAACUCCAGGGCGUCUCGGAUCCUGAAACCAAGCGCAAGAUCAUCGGAAAUACGUUCAUCGAGAUCUUUCAAGACACAGCCAAAAAGAUCGCUAAAGAAGCGGCCGACUCCCCACGGGCUGGAGACAUCGAAUUCUUGCUUCAAGGCACAUUGUACCCAGAUGUUAUUGAAAGCAUAUCAUUCAAAGGCCCUUCAGCCACCAUCAAAACCCACCACAACGUCGGUGGACUUCUCGAGGGCAUGCACCUCAAGCUGAUUGAGCCGCUGAGAGAGCUCUUCAAAGAUGAAGUCCGAGCACUUGGGACAAAUCUUGGCAUCCCAGAAGAGCUGGUAUGGAGACAUCCAUUUCCCGGUCCAGGCUUAGCUAUCCGAAUUAUCGGCGAGGUCAAUGAGACACAGCUCAGCAUCGCUCGCCAAGCCGACAAGAUCUUCAUCGACGAAAUUGUGUCCGCUGGCUUGUACCGCAAGAUCUCCCAGGCUUUUGCAGCCGUCCUGCCUGAGAACGUGCGUGUGGUCGGUGUCAUGGGAGACAAACGAGUGCAUGCUCAGAUGGUCGUUCUCCGCGCCGUGGAGACCACUGAUUUCAUGACGGCUGAUUGGUUUCCAUUCGACGGCGAGUUUCUAAAACGAGUCAGCAGGAGGAUUGUGAAUGAGGUCGAUGGUGUCUGUCGCGUCGUCUAUGAUGUUACAAGUAAGCCUCCGGGUACCAUCGAGAUGGAAUAG